UGUAUCCUGAAGCAACCUUGGUCAGACAAGUUGGUAUAAACAUGCAGACAUAGUAGGACUUCGGAAAAAAAGGUGGAAGUGCUGCACAGGACUCUGAUAUUAAAUGACAAGAAAUUGUGAUGAAGCCGAGGAGUUUCUUUGAUGGAAAAUCUUGGGCUAUGACUUCUGAUGCGAUCUUUAUUACUUUUUCUUGAGGCCUUCAACCUCCAUCAGGCAUCCCAAAAGCGAUAAAGGAUUUUAUAUCUUUUGCGAGACAACUUGUUCUAUGGUAGAAGCUGCCUUCAUCUCACAGUGAGCAAGUAAGAGGAAAAACUAUGUCUUUAGUUAGGUCUGCAGAGCUAUCUUCCACAUCGUAUAAAAAUACCAAGCUGUAUUCACUAAAGGGGAGUGAUGACAGCCCUGGCUUGUCCGCUCAAAUAUUUGGUUCUGAUAAGCAUAAGGUUACACAUAUGACUGAUUCUUACUGCAGUGAAAGUUAUGAAAAGUAUUUCCUUGACUCCCCAACGGAAGAACUUAUACAGCCAUCUAGUUCUGGCAUCUCAGGAAAUUCAUUUGAGUCACGUGGUCCCUCCAGAAGCACUCAAAACCCAUUUGACACUCCUUUGGUGUCCAUGAGACAUCUUGAUGCCUAUCGAUCCAAUUUUGAAUUGGAUUACUUGGAAAGAAGCCUGGAUGCAACAGACUAUGAUGAAGAUAAUAUGAGAUUGAAGCUUCAAGAACUGGAAAGGGCACUGCUUGAUGAUGAUGAUGAUGACAUGUUUGGUACCGGUCACAGCAUGGAAGUUGAUGUCGAAUGGGCUGACCCAGUUCAGAACUCACUGCUCCAUGACUCUCCAAAGGAAUCUUCAUCUACAGAUUCUAAUCUCAGUAGCAUCAGCAGUAACAAGGAAGUAUCACAACUGUCUCCUCGGACUCCCAGACAAAUGCUAAUUGAUUGUGCUGCUGCACUCGCAAAUGGAAACAUCAUGGAGGCAUCAGCUAUGAUUAAUGAGCUCCGACAGAUGGUCUCGGUCCAAGGGGAUCCUCCUCAGAGGAUUGCAGCAUACAUGGUGGAAGGUCUAGCUGCGCGCAUGGCUGCCUCCGGCAAAUGUCUUUAUAAAGCUCUGAAAUGCAAAGAGCCCCCCUCUUCUGAUCGUCUUGCAGCCAUGCAGAUUCUCUUCGAGGUGUGCCCUUGUUUUAAAUUCGGGUUUAUGGCAGCAAAUGGUGCAAUGAUAGAGGCGUUUAAAGAUGAGAAAAGAGUCCAUAUAAUAGAUUUUGACAUCAACCAAGGGAGUCAAUAUAUAACUCUCAUACAAACAAUUGCCAAUCGAGCAGGAAAACCACCCCAUUUGAGAUUAACUGGAGUUGAUGACCCUGAGUCAGUUCAACGUUCUGUCGGAGGUCUAAACAUUAUUGGACAAAGGCUGAAGGAACUAGCAAAAACACACGGGGUACCAUUUGAGUUUCAAGCCUUGGCGUCAAAGACUGCAAUUGUCACUCCAUCAAUGCUUGAUUGUCGACCUGGGGAAGCACUUAUGGUGAACUUUUCCUUUCAGCUUCACCACAUGCCAGAUGAAAGUGUUUCAACAGUAAAUGAGCGAGACCAGCUUCUUCGGAUGGUUAAGAGCCUGAACCCAAAACUUGUUACUGUUGUAGAACAAGAUGUAAACACCAACACAGCCCCUUUUUUCCCUAGAUUCAUUGAAGCCUACAAUUACUACUCAGCUGUGUUCGACUCUCUUGAUGCAACUCUCCCAAGGGACAGUCAGGAUAGGAUCAAUGUUGAAAGGCAGUGCCUGGCACGGGACAUUGUUAACAUUGUUGCAUGUGAGGGAGAUGAGAGGAUCGAGCGGUAUGAAGUUGCAGGUAAAUGGAGGGCAAGGAUGAUGAUGGCUGGCUUUACUUCAUGCCCCAUGGGUCCAAAUUUGAUCGAUACAAUCCAGAAACAAAUUAGGCAGUAUUGUAACAGGUAUAAAGUGAAGGAGGAAAUGGGUGCACUUCAUUUUGGGUGGGCAGACAAAAGCUUGAUCGUUGCUUCAGCAUGGAGGUGAUAUAGAUCACUUGAUUACUUGAAACGGUUGGUUGUCAUAUUUGUAAUAUCGUGUGGGAUCAAGAUGCGUGCUGCUGAUAUACUGUUUAAGUUAGAAAUAAGGACCUUCCUAGUGUUAUCAAGAAGAGAUGUCAAGGAUGAUUGGUAGUAGACUGCUAUUUAUCGAACAUUCAUAAAGCAUCUCUUCUUGUUAAAGCUUUGUUUACCCUGUAUUUUAUUUAACAAAAUGCUGACAACCCCAGUUAUAGAUAUCUGUUUGAACCA